GGAGUGAAACGUCGCGCGCUCCACGCUCGGGCAAACUUUUAACUUGUGCCAUUUUUAAAAUUGUAUUUCUUUGCUCCUCUGGUGCCUUUUCUUCUUCUUCUUCUGAUGUAAUUCUUGCUCUGGUGGGCUUCUGUGGAUGCUAGAGGGAAGCGGACAACUGGAUCCACGGCGCAGCAGAGGAGCAGGACCGGUGGCGUGAAAGCUCUGGAGGAAUUUUACGCAACGUUUUUUGCCUUAUUUGAGAGAUCAUAUCGGAGGGAAUGGUCAUAUUUGCAUCACGGAUAAAGGAGUCCUGACUCGGUCUGACGCGAACACAGACCUUCUGAAGGAUGAUUAUACAAACGAGUUUCAUCAAUCAAUGGCCCGAUGUGUAUCACCACAGCAUGUCACCCGGGUCCGGCACGUUUUAGGAAGCAUCCAUCCCCAGCCAUCUGCCUCAGUGAGAGGCAGCGCGUCAGGAGACUCUGAGUGGAGAAGUGUUUCGGUGAACAUUGGCGGCUUCAUCCGUGGGCUACUAUGCAAUUACAACUGAUCUCCUUUGUUUUGAUCAUCUUGCACGGCAUGGAAUACACUGGAUGUCAGCAGCACAGCAGCUCCAGACACCGGCAACAUAAACAGAUCUCUGGUGUGAGCUCGGGGUGCCAGCAGGGCGGCUGUCUGACCUGCUCUGACUACAAUGGGUGCCUGUCCUGCAGGCCGCGCUUCUUCAUGCACCUGGAGAGGAUCGGGAUGAAGCAGAUCGGGGUGUGCAUGACGUCCUGCCCUCCAGGCUUCUACGGCACUCGCUCUCCAGACAGAAACACCUGCACAAAGUGCAGGUCGGAGUGUGACUCCUGUUUCAACAAGAACUUCUGCACGCGCUGUCGACCGGGGUUCUACCUUCACCUGGGUAAAUGCCAGGAGAGCUGCCCUGACGGGCUGGUCCGCAGCGACGCACACAGAGAGUGUGUUCUCAAGUGUCCUGCCGACUGUGAAUCUUGCGUGAAUAGUGAGACGUGUACAAGGUGCCGGGCGGGCCUGUACCAGCUCAAUGGAAGGUGCCACCACGUGUGUCCAGACGACUUUGAGCCCAGCGACAAACUCAUGGAGUGCACCCCUCAAGUUCACUGUGAGGUGGGGGAGUGGAGCGAGUGGAGUCCCUGCUCUCGCUCCGGCAGAACCUGUGGCUUCAAGCGGGGUCAGGAGACCCGCACGAGGCAGGUCCAGCAGUACCCAUCUCCGUUUGGCAAGCCGUGCCCCGACAUCUCUGAGAUCAAGGAGUGUCUGGUGAAGAGAAGAAAAUGUCCAGGCAUACGGCGGAAGACUGACCGAAGAGAAAGGAGGAAUCGCAACAACCGUAAAGAUAAGGAGAGCCAAGAGGGGAAGCGGGAGAGAAAGCGGGACAGGGAGAGAGACGCCAGUGACCGUGAGGAGAGCAGAAACAAAACAGAGCACAGGCAUCGCAGAGGCCACGACACAGAUCUACUCCUUCCCCAAGGAGACCUUUCGCAGUAGUGUCCUGGACACUCGCGAGUCAAAGACCUCCAACCCCCCCCUCCUCCAGGCCUUCUCCACCUAAUGUUCUCCCCCUCUGCCCCUCGCUGCAGGGGUGAUGCUGCUACCUGUAUGAUUUGAAGACUCUGUCAAUGCACAAGUGGGACGUUGCCCAUUCAGCCAAACGGCUCGGCGCCACCGCGGACUUCAAAUGUUUUCUUCACUUCUGAAAGACUUUUGGAAAAGUGCAAGAGACGCUGCUGAGACUUUUGUUGGUACUGAAAAACAACAAGCAAAGGGGUGUCUUUGUGUGGAGGACAGAAGACACACAGACUGAGAUGUUUAAUGUUGAGUUAUUUAAUGGGACGCUGUGACAGCUUCGUGUCUUGGUUUUUUGAAUGUAGACAAAAUUAUUUAGAGCAAGUGUUCAUUAUUGAUGUUCCUGAUGUUUUUUUUUUUUUUAGACCUCCUGAUUUCUGGUGCAGAUUUUCAUAGGGACAGUAAGUUUGCCAUUUCAUUGCAAUUUAAAACACAAGUGACUGAAUUUUAAAACCCCUAACAUGUGCCCUGUAUGUCUGUGCUCUCAGUAACUAGAAACCAACAGCACCUGUAUGUCAAAUAAAACUAUAUUGGGUUUGUACCCGCGUCUGUUUUUAUCUGCGACUUUGGUAUCAAGCCUGUUAUUUUUAGAAAGGUCAAAGGUCGUUAGGCAUGCUUUC